AUGGCUGAUGACAUUAUGUGCGAGUUUGAGAGGCACAAAACUGCACAGGCUAUGUGGAUAGCGUUAAAGGACAAGUUUGGUGGUACUUCUACCACUAAACUUAGAAGGUUGACGAUUAAGUUCGACACCUAUAAGCUCAAGCCAAACAAUCCAAUGAAACAACAUUUGAGAGAGAUGGCCAACAUGAUCAGAGAACUUAAGGAAGCAGGCCAUGUCCUGUCUGAUGAACAGCAAGUACAGGCUGUUAUCAGAUCGCUUCCUGCUAGCUGGGAACACAUGAAAGAAGCGAUGGCUUAUGCUGGGGAAUUCAAAGGCAGAGUAUGUGUGACUGGGGCUUCUGGAUUUCUGGCUUCUUGGCUUAUUAAGCGGCUUCUUUCGUCAGGCUAUCACGUCACUGCAACUGUCAGAGAUUUAGGGAAUGAGAAGAAAUUACAACACUUACAGAAGCUGGAAGGGGCAAAGGAGAGACUGCGACUUGUGAAAGCAGAUUUAAUGGUGGAAGGAAGCUUCGACGAUGCAAUCAUGGGAUGCACUGGCGUCUUCCACACUGCCUCUCCUGUCCUCAAACCUUCCUCAGAUCCCAAGGAAGAGAUAUUGAAACCAGCAAUUGAGGGCACUCUUAAUGUGCUGCGUUCGUGUGGGAAGAGCAAGUCGCUGAGGCGGGUGGUUUUGACGUCAUCUUCGUCGGCGGCGAGGGUGAGAGAUGAUUUCGACCCCAACGUUCCUAUUGAUGAAUCAUCCUGGAGCUCCACUCAACUCUGCGACAAACUUGAGAUAUGGUACGCAUUAUCAAAGACAAUGGCGGAAAGAGCAGCAUGGGAUUUCUGCAGAGACAAUGGCAUAGAUUUGGUGACAGUGCUACCAUCAUUCGUUAUUGGACCCAGCUUGCCGCCACAACUGUGCUCCACAGCAUCUGAUGUCCUGGGCUUGCUCCAAGGGGAGAGCGAGAAAUUUGGAUGGCAUGGAAGGAUGGGGUACGUCCAUAUAGAUGACGUGGCACUUUGCCAUAUCUUGGUUUACGAGAAUGAAGCAGCCUCUGGUCGGUACCUUUGCAGCUCCACUGUGUUGGACAACCACGACUUGGCUGCUCUCCUUGCACUCCGCUUCCCUUGGCUCCCCAUCCCUACAAGGUUUGAGAAACAUGAUAGACCGUACUAUGAGCUAAACACGUCCAAGAUCAGAAAUUUAGGACUCAAGUUUAGGUCUGUCGAAGAAAUGUUUGACGAUUGCGUUCUGUCGCUUGAGCAACAGGGCCAUCUGCCGCCUCGCCCCGCCAUCACUACUUCAACAUAA